CUGGGUGGAAGUUCGCAGGGACUCAAGGAGAAUCGUCGGGUGAUUGAGCAGCCAAUGAAGAAGCUUGUAAAGGGAUUUGUCUGUGGAGUCGGCAGCAAGUGCACAUCAUAGACCAGACCAUCCUUUCUAUCUUUGCUUCGGGUUUCGCCUCUGCUUCGACGCAUCCUUCAACAUCUCUCUCACGUCCAUAUCUCCUCUCUCCCAUCAUCGACAUUACCCUUCCGGCAAGAUGAUGUCUUUAUCGAGAACUGUGGCUCCGCGGGCCCUGCGAGCUACAACGAUGGUUCCUUUCUCGGUCGUCCGCGCCGCGCCCGCAAUGUCGAUAUCCUCCUCAUCUAAGAAGUCUGCAACAUCAGUCACACCGGCUACGACGUCCAGCGAUUCUUCACGGCUACCCGUCACGGGCGGCAUCCGUCGCGAAGUGCCCCUCCCAUCGCAAGAGCAGAAGAAAGGUGCCAUGCAAUUUGCCCUCACAACAUUCGAUCAGAUCGCCAACUGGGCACGACAAAGUUCACUGUGGCCGCUGACAUUCGGUCUCGCCUGCUGCGCCGUCGAAAUGAUGCAUCUUUCGACACCACGGUACGAUCAGGAUCGGUUGGGUAUCAUUUUCCGAGCGUCUCCUCGACAAAGUGAUGUGAUGAUUGUGGCGGGUACACUUACGAACAAGAUGGCUCCUGCUCUGAGACAAGUCUACGAUCAGAUGCCCGAUCCCAGAUGGGUCAUCAGUAUGGGAAGCUGUGCCAAUGGUGGCGGCUAUUAUCACUACAGCUACAGUGUCGUGAGAGGUUGCGAUCGAAUUGUGCCCGUCGAUAUCUACGUGCCCGGUUGCCCUCCGACCAGUGAGGCGCUGAUGUAUGGCAUCUUCCAGCUGCAGAAGAAGAUGCGACAUACAAGAAUCACGAGGCUGUGGUAUAGGAAGUAAGCCAGAAGAUGGCAUAACAUCAUGACAAACAUAUCAUUUUUGGAGAUGGCGUGGCGUUAGUCGGGCAGGACUUUUUGAAACCUGCCAAUGCUGAAGUAAAGCUCCAGCUGUACAGAAGCGACCAUGGAUAUGGUUCAGAAUGGUCUUCGCUGUGGCAGUCCGUGGCAUCAGACGUU